AUGGCCUGCAGGGGAUGCCGAAGAGUUGGAAAUGCACAGAUGCCGCAGGUUUUCUUCAUCACUGGAAUCCAUAUUCGGGUGUUUCAAGAAGUGAAACGAUCUGCUCAGUCGGACCAAAAUCAGGACCCAUCCAGCGGGCUACCGCCUGUUACCACCGGUACCCUCCACAUUCGUACAUUUUCGUUCCUAUACAAAGCAAUACCAACCUUCGACGAAGCCUUGCUUCCACCUUCACGUGUGCAGAUUUUCAAAGGCAUUGCUGUCAUCUACAUCGUAGAGGGUGUGAUUGUGAGUUCCUACAACAUGGCGCUGUCUGCUCGCGUUAAGUACCCGGGUUCCGAGGCCGCCGACACAGAGCCCCAUUUUUCCGGGCGACGUGGAGUCCGAAUGGGACUACGAGUGAUUUUGGUUUUUGUGAGCACGUUCCUGCUGCUAGACUCUCUAUCGUUUCCCGGAUGCAUACGCGCGCUGGCUUCCGAUUCAACGAACCCAUCUUGUGAGACAGAAGGGGCUGUGACUAAGUGCACUAGCACAACAGACGAACAGAGUAAAAAGGAUCUGAUAGCAACCCUCUCUGAAGAGAAAAACAUCCUUGUGAUUGGCUGCAAGAAAAACGAUCUUACGUGUGCACCCGAUGACCUCGCGACCAACGAGGUCUGCCCUUCAACCACAGCCACCCUGAAGGAUUGCAAAAAAGCAAAAAGAGGACCCACUGCGUCGUUCGACAUCAACACCCUCCUCAGCGGUUCCCCAAAAGACGUAUCCUGGCGUAAUUGUGACGACGCGACGUGCACGACUAAGAAGUUGACGAUCCCUCCUGAAAAUUUCCCCUUUGUCGACCAACAGUUCAUUGUCGGCUGCGUAGAUAAGAGCGCUUCUAAAGACACAAUGAAGGUGACAGUGACGCUGCAAGCGAGAGCGAGUGCGACGGACGAACAGACUGUCAAAUGUGCGUACGGACAGAAUAGCAAUCCAACACACCAAGCCGUCACACUGAGUCCGGAGAAGAACAGCUUCACCCUGGUCUGCGGCGACGAGGGAGAAGUUCUGCCGACAAAUUACAAAGAGGCGUACUGCGUGAGUGAAACCGGGAGGGAAGCAUCCGAGUCCUGCACUGGAGCGUACAACGGCAUUUUCCCGAAUUAUGAAACGACCUGGUGGACACAAACGGCAAACACCGACGAGUACAGGUUCACGAUUCCAGAAGGGCAGUUCCCGGCGGAGGAACAGAAGAUUACGGUUGGCUGCCACAAGAAGACAGCCAGUGAAAACGAGAAGAGAACACGGGGACCCGUGAAGGAGGGGGAAGCGACGUCGACUGUGUGCAGUGUUGAUGUGACAAUUAUGGCAUCUGCAGCUUCGUCUGCGGCGUUGGCCAAUGGCAUGGCUGUUAUGUUCGUGUCGUUCGUGGGGCUUGCCUCCACUAGUGUUUUUUAG